AUGAUAAAACAUUUGAUUAAGAAUUAUUUCUCUAAACUUUCCAAAGGAUUAAUAUUCGAAAACAAAAAAGGGACUAAAUUGAUCUUUACCAAAAAUACUCCUGAAAAAGACAUGUUUAAAAAUGCGAAGAAUCCUAAUAAUUUUUUCAAAAUUGAAACAAGAUUACAGCUUCUAUUUGAUUAAUAUAAAACAGAAAAAAUAUUGUAAUAAAAUUAUAUUAUAUUGGAGCAAUCAAAUGAAUUAUGAUUAAAUACUUGAAAUUAAAGAGUAAUUUCUUAAAUCAGAUUUAGAAAAAAAUAUUUUUUACUCUUUUGUUAAUACAAAAUUUUAAAAAGAUAAUCAUCACAAAUAUUUUUAUUUAUAGUGUUAAAUGAUUUAUGAAUAUAUGAAUCGUUUUGAUAAACAAAUAACAGAAAAAGAAAUUUUUUCACUAUUAAAUGCUAUUUCUAAUGGUUUAUUUUAUGUUGAGGAUCAAAUUUUUUCUAAUAAAAAAAAAGAAAUUUACACAUAAGAUGAAGAAUAAUUUAUUUUAGACACUUAUUAUAAAUUAUGUGAAAGAAUAAGCGUAAAUUUGAGUAAUGAACAAACUAAAUCUCUUUGCUAAUUGAUGAAAUAUAUUAAAAGAUAUAGCUCUUCUAUAUUAGAUUAAAUAAAUCAAUAGUUAUUAGAGUCAACUGAUAAAAAAAUUAAUUUAGAGCUCAGAAUAUAUUAUACUCUUUUCUUAGUUAAAGCAGGAAUAAAUUAUUUCCCUUCGAUAAUAUAUAAAGUAAUUUUUUUUUUUGAAAUAGUUAAGAGAUGAGGUUCUAGAAAAUGAAAGAUUAUUAAGAUUACCUACUCAAUUUUUAUUUUAAUUAUUUGAAAUUUUUGGAAGAUGCAGCAGAAUUGCAUUAUGUUCAUCUGUCACUUAUAAAUUAUUUACAACAAACAUCUAAGAAUAAAACUAUACUAGACUAAAUCUAACAUAAUAAGGACUCUUACUAUAUUAUGGAUCAAAAACAUUGUCCAUAUAACAUAGUACAUUAAAACCUCUCAUUGAAUAAAAAUUGACAGAAUUAGAUUCUUUAAAAGGAAUAAAUUUUAAAAUAUUUCUAUUGACUUUAUACAACACUAAUUACAAAAGUUUAGGUUCUCUAAAAAAUGUAGAAAAAGUAAAAACUAAAUUUAUUGAGAUUGAGAAAACUGCUAAAUUUUCAAAAGAUGAAUUGAAAUUUUUCUAGGAUUUAAUUUAUUGCAUAUGA